UUCAAAAAAGAAAAAAACACUGUAGGUUUAUAUAGCAUUAUUUGCACACAAAAAGCAUUUGGUUUCCUCCAACAAAAAGGAAGAUUUUUUUAUAUUUUAUGCUAUCAACAAAACAUAUUUCAUCGUCUACCCUACAUAGCUGAGUGUGUGCCAAAGACUCCUAUGGAAUCUCUUGGGAAAGGACAUAGUCUUUCUGAGAGUACUACCCCAUGCAUAGAGGCCUCUCCAGGUUCAAAUGAAGUGAUCAAAGAUCGAGAACAAGAGGCGAAACCCUGUCUCCAGUUAGAUCUAAAGCUAACUACAAGUGAUUGUGGUGAUCGUGGGCUCAAUAAAGAACUCAAUCUAAUCGAUUCAUUGAACGCAGUAGGUUCAACUGACAGUACAGUAGCAGAAACAUCCCAGCCAACGAAUGGUGAGCAACGAGUUUUCUCCUGCACCUAUUGCCAAAGGAAAUUCUACAGUUCACAAGCUCUUGGGGGGCACCAAAACGCUCAUAAAAGAGAGAGGACUUCAGUGAAAAGAGGGCAAAGGAUGGGUGCUCAUAUAGCAGCCUCAGCCGCGGCUUUUGGGCAUCCUUAUUUUCACCACAACCACUAUCCUAGCUUGGCUUCUCUUCCCCUAGGCGGCACAUAUAAUAGAUCUUUGGGAAUUCAGGUGCAUUCAAUGAUUCAUAAACCUUCUCAUAUUUCUCCAUCAGCAGGGUCUGGAAAUGUGUACGGACACCAGAGUUGGACUAGGCCUCCUAUAGACCAACAACCAGCAAUAGGGAAGUUGUCGACGGAGAAUUCCCUUGCAAUCACAACAGGAUCAACGAGUCGAGCUAAUCUCGGUAGGUUCAACGUAAUGAGGACGAUGAUGGGUUCUCCAGGUGAUGAAGUGAUUAGCAAUUGUUGGUGGUCAGGUGGAGGUAGUCUCGAGACAAAGCAGGAAGAGAUACAAACGGUUGACCUAUCCCUCAAGCUCUAAAUUGAGUAAUGUUUUUAAGAACAUGUAUAAAUAUACAUAUUUGUUUAUGGUCGAGAGUUUUGUUUACCCUUGACUUCUUUGGUAUCAAUUGUCAAUGUAUAUUUGGGUGAUAGAGAAGUUUUGUAGUUUGGCUUUUAC